CCCAAACGAUGCACAAUCUACUUUCCUCCAGCUGUUAACUAUACAACAGCUUGGUUGUUAGUCAUGAGCAUAAUACAACAUGCCAGGUAAUGGAGCUCCCGAAGAGUUGGAUGUCCAGAAGGAUAAGGUGCAGCCCGAUCCUCACAUACCGCCACUUAGGGCAAGAGAUCAUAACCAUACUACAAAACGGACCCGAGGUCGAAAUGGUUGUCUCAAUUGUAGACAACGGCGAAAGAAAUGUGACGAGAGGAAACCGGUCUGUUCAAAAUGCUCCUCGCGUGGCGAGAGCUGCGAAUGGGACACUGGUAUCAAAUUUCGAAAUCGUGGCAUUGACGCUAGCCCUCCAUCCAUGAGACGAUUUGGGGGAAAUAGGCGGCCGCCUAAUGAAGGCCAAACCGACGACAUUCGAUUUGAGACUAGAAUAUUAAGGACUACUUGCUCGAACAACCCGCUUAACAACGAGAGGUGUGCAAGUAGUGAAGAACCACACGUCAGCAUGUCUUUGGCUCCAAAGCAGCAACGGCUAAGGAUACGGCAUGAACCGCGGGGCGAGGUGAAUCUAUCAGCUCCCGACAACAGCCAAGACAUUCACGGUCCGACUAUGGGAUCGGAUGGCUGGGCUACUGAUUUGAAUGAAGUGAACGAUGAUAGCGUCAUCUCAACAAGAAACCGAACAGACCAAUCUUCGCCGCACUCCAUUCUCGCCCUUAAUCACACAAGAUCCGUCGGUUCAAUUAAUCGAUCGCCGCCAGAACUUAGUCGCGAUGGGGUUUACAAGCAGCAUACCGCUCCCACUGGUGGCACUGCGGCUCCGUUACUAGACCAAGCUCUUUCGAGGCCUAGCCCACACACAUCUACAAUAGACGCUUUCGUAAGCACUACGGAAGAACUUGAACCAGCUGGUAUAUUCAAUGCCAACGGUGACCCAUAUCUACUAGACAUUGACCUCGUCGAAUUAGAGGCAUUAGAUUAUCUUAUUGCAAACCCGACCGAUGCGGAACUAUUCUCAACAAAUAUGAACCAGAUCGAAAGUUUACCAUGGCCUCCCGACGGAAAUUGUGAAGUCUUGCCAACGGACCACAUAUCAGCGGAUUCGCCUCAUAUUUAUUCUACCUACUAUCCGAAUACUAUAUACGAAGAACUGCACACUGUACUCCACAAUUAUAUGGUACAGACCGCACGGACUACUAUGAUGACACGGCAAGGUACACCCAACGCCACUUCUGAGGCCGCCUCCAGAGCACGGAAUGAUCCAGUAACCACUCAAUAUGUUAGCCAAGCUUCCCUUAUGGAUGCGGGUGCGCUCAAGAGACUGCCUGAAGGUACGAAACUGACUGAUCGAAGAGAGCUUGAGCUUUGGCAGAAUUACCUUGACGAAGUUGCUGUCUGGCUUGAUAUGUUCGAUGUGGAAAGACACUUCCAACUUAGGAUACCGAUGAUGGCUAAAUCUUCCGAACAUCUUCGUUACUCCAUUCUUGCUCUUUCCGCACGGCAGGCAGAAAGAAAGGAUCCGGGAAAACCAGCCACCGAGAGUUUGACUCUAUAUCAGAAAGCGAUCGAACUGAUUGUUCAAGAACUACAUUCUCUUGACACUGCUGUCAUUGCAUCGUGCGUGUUGCUCUGUGUUCUCGAGAUGAUGAGUUCCUCCCCGAAGGCCUGGGACAGACAUCUUAACGGAUGUUCGAUGUUGCUCCAAGCAGCUGGUAUUGAUGGUACCGUUGGCGGAGUCCGUCAAGCAUUGUUUUGGUGCUUUGCAAGAAUGGAUGUCUGGGGCGGGUUUCUCUCAGAUACGCUGACCAAAAUUCCGACGAGUCGCUGGUUUAUCCCUGGCCAGUCAAUGUCGACGGCUGUAAUCCGCUUUAAGACUGGCCCAGGCGGUUUCGACAAUUAUGCUAACUAUGCUGUAUUUCUCUGUGCCAGCGUUGUCAACGUACUCUCCAAUCGAGGCUCAUCAUCUGCAGGACAAAGGGAUCAUACUUCUAAUUCCAGGGGAUCGUUAUCUGCUCCGUGGAAAGCUUUGUAUGACCUAUUAGAAGACUGGUACAACAGUAGACCCGAGGAAAUGCGGCCUCUUAUGUCAAGUACAGCCACUCUAGACGAUCACUAUCAUCCUUUUCCAAUUGUACUUUAUGGGACCUCGCCUGCAGUCAAUGGUAAUCAGCUCUACCAUGCAUCAUCUGUUCUCAUGCUUCAAGAAAAGCCAAAGGAAAUUCGUUUAACCAGAGGCCACAAAUCUGUACAAUGGCAUGCUCGUCAGAUCUGCGGUAUUGCUACCUCAAAUCAUAGCCAUGGAGCAUGGAUCAACGCAUUGCAGCCACUAUUUAUUGCUGGGAAGAUUAUGUCUCAUCCCAUCGAGCACCGAGUAAUCCUUGACGUUCUGGCUCGUAUCGAGAAAGAGACAGGAUGGGCAACUUCAUGGCGUGCCGAGGACCUGAAGGAAUAUUGGGGGGAUGUGGAAGAAUGAUAGUCCCUCGCAAACGCACUUUUCAACUACCCUUGCCCACCAAGAGGCUAUGUGACAUGACAUCGCAUCUGGAAACAUAGCCAUGGCUUGGCCCCCCAUUAUUUCCAGCCACCCGAUGUCGAUCUUUCUUGUUUGCAAUGCCCCAUCUGUUUCGACGAUUUAUGCUCUCCCCGGGACCUCCGCUAGGAGUUAUUUGGACUCUGCACAUUCCGGAACAGCUCGGCAAAAAAAUUAUAUUAUUAUUAAUAAUCACAUUUACGGCUACACAGCGUCGAUUCAAUAUGCCAGGAGAUUCCGUCCCCAGAGAUUGAUACCACCUUAUCCUUCACGAUCGCGCUUUUGAUGGAAGGAGUCCGUUUCCGGGUUGUAAUCAAACUCCUUGUAGUCGGCACCAUAGGGUUUCUAGUCUCGUGUCAGCUGCUUCAACUUUACUGACUUAUGUUGCACCUACGGGCUCAAGCAGAUACACUGUACCCAGUGGAAUAUCAACGUUCGCAGAAACAUAGCUUUGCAUCCCUCUACAGUAGGCUAGUAGAACGCGAAUGACAGCCGAUCCUCCGAUAAAUAGGACGUGUCCUGUCACACGCUCCAGCUCGAGGAUGAUAGAUCGAAGCCGUUUUGUCACAUCACUAUACCCCUCGCAUCGAGUACCAGGAUAUCCUGUUGAAGUAUGGUUCAGCUGUGUGUCAGAGGCCCGUUGCUUGACCUCAGCAUCUGAAAGUCCACUAAGUAUCCCGGCGCUCAAGUCGUCAAGCAUACGCAUAUGCUCGAUUCGAUAUCGUGCACUGUCAAAGAAUUUUGCGGUCUGAAUACUCCGCUGCGUCAUGGAGGUCCACAGGUGAAACCUUUUUGGCGAUUUAUCUGCGGAUAGGCGCAAGGAAUCGCCAGCUUCUUCUAGUCUCUUUUGUUGCCGGUUCCAUGUGUCCCGUUCCUGGUCAAUAAACCGGGAUAAUGCAGCGGCAUAUUUGACGCCAUGUGGACUGAGACCAGGAUCGUGGCUGACUUUGCCAGAAAGAUUGUCGUUUGAUUCGCCGUGCCGUGUGAGCCAGACUUGACGACCAGCAAGAUUGAAGUGUUGGAGAUAGCCAACAACCUGUGUCGCCAGAAAACUUUUGAUAUUGUGUGUGAUGAACUUCCUCCCAACGUCAAUCAUUUGGCAGUAGGAGACGCCUAGGCGUUCUUCAAUAUUCCCUACGGGGGUGUAUUUCUUUUGGUACAUUGCGACACGUCUCCGAAAAUCUUCUAAGGCUUUGACAGGAUCUUGAUCUCUGUAAUCUGGGUUCGACAUCUUGAGUAGCAUGUUCGAUUGCAGAAGCUACUUCAUCAAAACACUGGCUUUCCAAGAAUAAUACCUGCAAAUUUGACCGUCCCCUCUCUUGUACCCUCGCAAUGAUCUUUCUCCUUCGCUCAAUUGUGCUGUUGGUCGCAUCGAAAAUUGCAACAGAACCCCCUUCGUUCAACAGAUAAUCAAGCGACUCGUCUAAAGUUUCCAUAGCAAUUUGUUCCCGAAGUUUGCGAGCCUGAAGGUUGUCAGGGUUAAAGAACCCCGCUGAGUGGGUGCCAUGGUCUAACGAGGCUUGGUACGCCUCUGUGGACAUCAAGCACGGGGCAGCCGAUAAAUCAAGUUGCCUACCUCCGACUUUUCGGCGCCGAUUGCCAACAUUAAAUAUCUUUGUUUCGUGCUGUAGCCAAUUCAGGUAUCUACAAACCUUAUUGGUCACGUAGCUUUUGCCCCGCGCAGGCAACCCAACCAUAACAAUUACCAACUUUGCAUCCACGGAUCUUUCUAUUUCGGUCGGAGACAGGAGGUUCGCAUUGUUCUGAAUACUUGAGGUAGGUGGGCAUGAGGCGGAUGGAUUUUCAGUUGAUCUUUUACGUUUGAGGUUCCCAGUUGUGAUUAAUCCACGAACCAGCGGUACGUCUUUUCGUCCAUGGUUAGAGUCUCCGCAGAUUUCAACACAUCCUCGAGGCACGUGAGAAUGAACGUUGGUUUCUGGGCCGCGAGAUGAAAUAUUUAGCCCCGAGGACAUGGCAUUGUCGGGCAUUUGGUAAGGGUUUAUUCCAGAAUCCGACAGGGCUGACAUUGUUUGCGGUUCAAUAUCUGUCGAAGGGAGAAGAUAGAUGCGUAGGUUUAGCAAGUUGGCAAG